AUGGCAACAUUGAAUACUCCUUCGACAACAUUAAGUGACCCAUCCAGACUCGAUGAUGGAUUAUUAGAAACACGAAAAAUUGAUACUAUUUGUUUAUUUGAUGUCGAUGGUACGAUUACUAUGCCAAGACAAGUAAUAACAGCUGACAUGGAUACAGAUCUUCAAAAACUUCGAAAGAAAUGUCUCGUUGGUCUUGUUGGUGGAUCAGAUAUUGCUAAGAUUGCUGAACAAAUUGGUGGUAUUCAAGCUAUAGCUAAAUAUGAUUAUGUCUUUGCUGAAAAUGGUCUCGUAGCUUUUAAAAAUGGAAAAAAAUUUUUUGAAGAAAAUAUUCAAAAACAUGUUGGCGAAGAUAAUUUACAAACAUUUAUUAAUUAUUGUUUAAAAUAUUUAUCUGAUAUUAAAUUACCAUUUAAACGUGGAACAUUUAUUGAAUUUCGUAAUGGUCUUAUUAAUGUUUCACCAGUGGGUCGAAAUUGUACGAAACAAGAACGAGAUUUAUUUGAAGUAUAUGAUUUAGUAAGUCGUUUAGUUUUUAUUCUAUUAUUUAAAAUUAAUAAAAUAAAUCUAAUGAAGGAACAUAAUAUUCGUCGUACAAUGGUCAAUCAUCUUCAAGAAAAAUUUUCUGAUAUGAAACUUUACUUUUCCAUUGGUGGUCAGAUUAGUUUUGAUGUUUUUCCCGAAGGAUGGGAUAAACGAUAUGCAUUAAAACAUUUAGAAAAUGAUAAUAUUUCCAAUGUUUAUUUUUUUGGUGAUAAAACAUUUAAGGGUGGCAAUGAUUAUGAGAUUUAUAGUGAUCCACGAACAAAAGGUUAUUCGGUAACAAGUCCACUGGAAACACGUACUAUUCUAUCUGAAUUAUUCGGAUUGUGA